AUGCCGUGCGAUGUCUCGCGAAGUUUCUUUAAAUUUCUUUGAAAUAAUUAACUCUUACUUAAUUAGUUAACCGCACGACCCUCAUGGCGCGGUUCUUUAUUUAUUUAUAAUCCCGCAAAAACACAAUCUCGUCCAACAUAAAAAGAGAUCGAAGAUCCCUAUACAUUUUCUCCCACACUUUCCUUCACUUUCUCAGUCAAGAAACUUCACCGGAAAACACAAACAUCAAUUCGCCAAUAUGUGGAAUCAACCAUACGGAAAAACCGAUUUGGAGAGCGGGUCAAGGACAAGGCCUCUCUACCCUAUGAUGCUUGAAAGCCCCGAACUACGGUGGUCCUUCAUCAGAAAAGUCUACGUCAUCAUCGCUCUUCAGUUACUCGCCACAAUCGCAGUCGGCGCCGUCGUCGUCACCGUUCAUCCAAUCUCCACCUUCUUCGCUACCACGGGUGCUGGUUUGGCUCUUUACAUCGUUCUCGUCUUCGUUCCUUUUAUCACGUUGUGUCCUCUUUACUAUUAUUACCAGAGGCAUCCUGUUAAUUACCUUCUCUUAGGUGUUUUCACUCUUUCUCUUUCCUUUGUCGUUGGAUUGAGUUGUGCUUUCACUAGUGAGAAAGUUAUUCUGGAAGCUGUCAUAUUGACUGCUGUGGUGGUGAUCGCUCUUACUCUUUACACAUUUUGGGCUGCACGGAGAGGCUAUGAUUUCAACUUCCUUGGCCCCUUCUUGUUUGGUGCUGUGCUAGUUCUUAUGGUCUUCGGGCUGAUUCAGGUUUUCUUUCCACUGGGUAAGUUAUCUACGAUGAUCUACGGAUGCUUGGCAGCAAUUAUAUUUUGUGGCUACAUCCUAUAUGAUACAGACAACCUGAUCAAGAGAUAUUCCUAUGAUGAAUUCAUUUGGGCUUCUGUCUCCUUGUAUUUGGACAUCAUCAACCUUUUCCUGUCUUUGCUCACUAUAUUUAGAGCCGCCGAUAGUUGAGAUCCUUGUAAUUCUGCGUACAUACUAUUUUGUUUUCUAUGGGGGCGGGUGGUUUUUGAAAACAGAUUCUUAUCCAGUAAUAAAUCUUUGUGGCUUCCUUGUUGCCCCUGUUUCUAGGUGUUUCGUACUGAAUUAUUAUUGUUAAUGCUGUUAAUACAUAGUUGAUAAAAAAAAUUAUUUUGAAUGUAUAUACCUUCUUUGAACAUUGUUCUCUCAA